AGCCAUCCUGGGUCGAGUCGCUGCGUCCCAGAUCCACCGACGCUCAUUACCACACUUGUUGAGUACAUGUCCGAGACAGCAGUGUUUACGCCUGGUUGAGAUGCAGUUCGAUGUGACAUUUAUCCCCGGUGGAUUUUUGCGACCGCGGCUGCUCUCGUCUGUACAGCGGGUGCCGAGGUCCAGCUCAUGCAGAUGUGGGCUCGUGGCUCCGCUGCGAGCGAUGUCUCCAUCGUGCGGCCACGCUCGGGCUGUCAGACACCUAUCGAGGGCGAUCCCUGCUAUGACAUCGUAAUGUGGGCGAUGCAGACCGGUAUCGAGGCUUAUCCAGAACGGUUCGUUCCUCUGACGAAGAAUUCCAGCUUCAAGGAUUUCCAGCGGCUAACAUCCCAGCUGUCCGACGACUGCCUGGAGCCCUGUGCGACGCCGGCCCUGGAGGAGUGCCACACGGCAGUGGAGGGCGAUGCGUGCCACGAGAAGGUGGUGUGGGCGAUGCAGACGGGCGUCGUGGAGAAGCCCGAUUGGUACCCGUCUUUGACCAGGAGUUCCAGCUUCGAGGACUUCCAGCGGUUCCUGCACGGCCACGCCAGGUUUUCCGACGUGUGCCCAGAGCCAUGUGCGGCGCCGGCCCGGAAGGAGUGCCACACGGCAGUGGAGGGCGAUGCGUGCCACGAGAAGGUGGUGUGGGCGAUGCAGACGGGCGUCGUGGAGAAGCCCGAUUGGUACCCGUCUUGACCAGGAGUUCCAGCUUCGAGGACUUCCAGCGGUUCCUGCACGGCCACGCCAGGUUUUCCGACGUGUGCCCAGAGCCAUGUGCGGCGCCGGCCCGGAAGGAGUGCCACACGGCAGUGGAGGGCGAUGCGUGCCACGAGAAGGUGGUGUGGGCGAUGCAGACGGGCGUCGUGGAGAAGCCCGAUUGGUACCCGUCUUUGACCAGGAGUUCCAGCUUCGAGGACUUCCAGCGGUUCCUGCACGGCCACGCCAGGUUUUCCGACGUGUGCCCAGAGCCAUGUGCGGCGCCGGCCCGGAAGGAGUGCCACACGGCAGUGGAGGGCGAUGCGUGCCACGAGAAGGUGGUGUGGGCGAUGCAGACGGGCGUCGUGCGAACAGUGAGGAGAUGACGUGUGCCAGCCAUGAGUGCCACACGGCAGUGGUGCGUGCCACGAGAAGGUGGUGUGGGCGAUGCAGACGGGCGUCGUGGAGAAGCCCGAUUGGUACCCGUCUUUGACCAGGAGUUCCAGCUUCGAGGACUUCCAGCGGUUCCUGCACGGCCACGCCAGGUUUUCCGACGUGUGCCCAGAGCCAUGUGCGGCGCCGGCCCGGAAGGAGUGCCACACGGCAGUGGAGGGCGAUGCGUGCCACGAGAAGGUGGUGUGGGCGAUGCAGACGGGCGUCGUGGAGAAGCCCGAUUGGUACCCGUCCUUGACCAGGAGUUCCAGCUUCGAGGACUUCCAGCGGUUCCUGCACGGCCACGCCAGGUUUUCCGACGUGUGCCCAGAGCCAUGUGCGGCGCCGGCCCGGAAGGAGUGCCACACGGCAGUGGAGGGCGAUGCGUGCCACGAGAAGGUGGUGUGGGCGAUGCAGACGGGCGUCGUGGAGAAGCCAGAUUGGUACCCGUCCUUGACCAGGAGUUCCAGCUUCGAGGACUUCCAGCGGUUCCUGCACGGCCACGCCAGGUUUUCCGACGUGUGCCCGGAGCCUUGCGCCGCACAGGAUGCCACAGAUCGUGUCCGAGCAGAGAGCUUUCAGACGUCAGAUCCGCCGUAUGGUUCGACUCCAUCUCCCGCGCCAAUCGAUUACAAUAGGUUGGUGUCUGGUCCGGAGUCCUGCGACGUGACGGAUGGAUCUUCCCCGAGCUCCGUUUACCCAUGUAUGUGCGGAUCGGAUCUUUGCGCAGUCAAUCAGAUUUGUUCUGGAUAUUCAUGCGCGCCGAUAGAGUUCCUCAGGGUGGAAUGGCCAUGCUCGAACCCCGGGAUCGGCAGCUCGUACUUCAGUCUUUCAGGAGUAAGCGCGAACGGGGCACCAGUAUACACCAAUUCCGUCGGCAACUACAUCUACUGGGAUGCUUCGUGUGACGGGUCGGGCAGUCAAAAUCAAGAUCGAUGGAUUAUGGAUGUGGACGCCCCAAACGUGACGGCUCCCAUGGACCUGGAUUCCAGCCUGGACUGCACUUUCAUGGGUUACCAUGGCACCCCAGAGUUCUUCGGCGUCCCUCUGGGGAACUCCACUUGGACCGUCGCGUGCGACGGCGCGCAGUCUGACACGACGGUCGCGAUCACCCAUGUGCAGGUCAUACCGACCCCCGGCCCGACGCUGGAGCCUGGCUUGCCGUGCGCGUGCGCAACCCCGUGCGGCGGGUUUGUUUACGUGGACACAGACGGGGAUGGCUGCAUCGAGUAUCCGGAGUGCAUGCCGAACGUGGAGCUCGCAGAGCGCCUUCCCGAGAUGGACGCGGACGGGGACGGUUGCGUGACCGAGGCCGAGUGCGACCUCUCCCCAUGGUCGUACCUUCUUCCCAACUUCGCUGUCGCGGCCCCCGAGUGUGAUGAAGGUUCCUACGUCGCGGUGGGAACCAGCGUGUGCCAGCAGUGCCCCGGUGGGGAAACCCGGCGCCGUCGCGCGACCACGUGCACCGAGUGCCCUCUUGGGAGGGCGUACCCCCCCGGUUUCUGCGGGCACCUCGACGACUGCAUCGCGGGUGCGUACCUCAUGGGCCCGGUUUCGGCAGGCGGCGACGUCAUCUGUGCAAGCCAGGACAUCGACGAGGGAGGGGCACUGCUGACGGUGGGCGUCCGAGUCACGAUUGUGGCGCGCGCCCUGGGCCAUUUCCAGAGCCUGACCAUCGAGGAUAUCACCUCUCGCACCAACGGGACCGUCUGCUUCCGCAUGAGUGGCCCAGCGGUGCUCAAUUUCUCCGCGUGCGAUCCGGUCAUUGAGACUUGCAGUGGGACAAGCGGACUUGCGUUCAGCGACUCGUACCCUUGCGGCUGCGGCACGGUAAUUUGUCAAGACGGUGAAAGGUGUGACUUCGGGAGCGCAGGUAAUGACCACGGGCAGGGUGGAUAUUGCAUCGGCCCGGGACCUGGAAUUCUGCGGACGCCGUCCCCGACAGUGUCGGCCAAGGGGGACCCGCACUUGGUCAACUUGCUGGGAGAACACUUCGACGUGAACCACGGGGGCGAGUUCACUCUGCUGAGGAUCGGGAUCCCGCAGGACGCCGGCAGACCCGCCGAGAUGGAGCUGAAGGCCUCCGUCCGGCCCGAGAGCGGCAGGCCGUGCACCACGUACAUCACGCAGGUGGAGCUCUCGGGCGCCUGGCUCGGUGGCAAGGUCGUGCAGGUGCGCUCCUACAAGGCGAAGGCCAAGGACGAGGCCGGCAAGUUCCUGGGCCUGCGCGUGAUGAACAGCGGCGUAUAUGAGGAGGCCCAGCAUGAUGUCCCGUGGGAGAAGCUCGCGGACUGGACCGACAUGACCCUGCUACUCUCGGAGUACCAGGGGAAGACGGGCUUCAUGGUGACCCUGGCGAAGACGCAGUGGCGCAGCCGGAAGGCUGCCAGGGAGGGCGCGUCGAGCGUGGCUGGCCAGGUCGAGGUCCGGUUCCAGAGGAGGCGGCUGAACGAGUCCGCACAGGUCAUCAUGCGCCAGGACUUGCCCAUGCAGGAGCACCUGAACCUGGCCGUGCGACACAUCGCUGCGCUCGGCCGCUCCGACGUCGGCGGCCUGCUCGGCUUCGACCCGCACCCCGAGUCCCUGGAGGCCGUCACGCCCGAGUGCCAGCGCCACAGGGACGGGCUCGACGGGCAGCAGGGCCCCCGCUUCAGGCCGAACUGGAAGAUCCGCUGGGAGAAGAUCCGGGAGCAGCGCGGCCGGCUGGAGGACCCCCACGGGGGCACGGGCGACAACCAGGCGGCCGCCAGCCUGAUGAGCACCAGGGCGAUGAUGUGCGUGUGCGCCAGCGCCGAGGCCGGCGCCGAGGCCGGCGCCGGCGGCGGGGGCGUCCAGGGCGUCCUCGCCGAGCUCCAGACCGGCCGGCUUGCCGAGGCGACGUGGGACUGACGAGCUGGCUGCAUGGGGCCCGGCCAGCGUGCGGGGCCGUGCGGCGCCGUGGAAAAAAUUCUGGCUGUGUAAUUUCUGAAUCCGUUUUAUCAAUGCGACUCGAGCAGCAAGAAUUCAGCUCGGGAUGCCCAUCGUAUCCCGAGGGCCCCGUCCCUCGGGGCCCCCUCUUGGAGCCUCCGGUUGGGUGACGCUGCAGCGGGCUGCGCCGAGGGCCUCCGAUGGACGGCCUGAGAUGGCCUGGCCCGCACAGUGCGGUCGUGCUUGCGUUGAUUCUGAGAUGUGACAACUACUGCCGGCUCGCGUAGUCAGCUCUGUCUCGCAAGAGCCAUCUUCAGUCACAGCUUGCCGAUUCGGAAUUUUAGCUGUGUCGUACCAAUUCCUCCAAUUCCCAUCCACCUUCUUGGACUCCUGCAGCGUUUCGUGUUCUGGCUCCAGUGGAUUUGCUACCUGGACGUUGCUGCACCGUGCCUCCCGCUCGCACCCGAGCGCGUCCCUCCCGGCCGCACUUCCUGCACGACGUGCCCGCCUCGCCGCGCCCCGCAGAGCUUGACGCGCCGAGGGCCCCCCUCCGCCGCGCGCAGCCUCCUCUCCUGCCGUCCUGCCCCUUUCCCUCCUCCUGUGCCGCGGUUCGCUCUGCCUGCAGCUGGUGCUGGUGGUGCUGCUGCAGCCGUUCCUCCCCCUCGCCUCCGUGGCCUCCUCACGCUCCGCGCCCCCUCCUCCUACCACUCGCUCUCAUGCUCUCUUUUUUGUUUCUGUCGGGGCCCCGCUCGCGAGCCUCUUCCCCCUCUCGGGGCCGUCCUGAUCGAACCCG